GUACGCCUGUACGUCUACCCGACAGAGCGAGGUCGUAAAACUUAACGAUGUCUUUUCAUGUAAGCUGUACACUGGAGUUAGAGAUAACACGGACUAUUAAAGUGAAAUAAACUUUCUUCUUUUUUGUUGGCUCGUUUUAGGGAAAAGUUUUCGCGUGUGACCUUAAAAGUGGAGUAAAGUGUGGGAACUUCGCAUGGUUACUUGGGCAGAGUUUUCGUGUGUGACCUAAAAAGUGGAGUAAAGUGUGGGAACUUCGCAUGGUUACUUGGUCAAUCACGCCUCCCGCCAGGUGGAUGCAGACAGGGGUGUGCUCGAUUUACAACUUGCAGUGAAGAUACAAAUGUAUAACCGAUCAGAUACACGUCGACUGACAAGCGUGAGAAAAACGUGCGAGGUCGGGUCAAUGUGACGCGAAAUAAGGAAACUAAUUUCACCGUGAAAAUAAAAUUGAUCGUCGAAUUAGUUAUUGAAGCGUAGAGGAUUUACGUUGACAAGUGUGUGGUUAUACAUGUAUGGCUGCUUGUAAGAAUAGCGUAUGAGCAUUUUAAUUACGUGAAAAGUGUGAAAAGUACCGGUAUGUAUUCAAAUCGGAGUUAUGAUAUAUAGUGAACAUUAAACGUUAAAACGGGCAUCUGCAUAAACGUAUAUGAAAGCUAUGAUUAACGAUUAACUUGUGUUCGUCGGCUCAUUGAUGCUCGUAAUAAGAGACCAUUCUUCUUGUUCAAUGAAAGAUUCGUCGUUUAACAUUGCGUUCAUCUGAAUUCACAAUGUGACACGGACUUUGAUGUUUGUGCACGAUAAACGCUCGCAUAGCGUACUCCAAUGCAUACCGCAUUCCAGGGGCGAUAUGCAGUAUUUAAUUGUUUACAUGAACAUUUAGAACGAAUUUAAGCUAUACUCAUAACUGCAAUGUUAUUAUCUACAAAAUAAAAGGAGCAUUAAAUAUCUGGAAGAUUCAUCAACGAAAGCAUUACAUCUGGGAACGUUUUGUGAAUAUGAAACUUGCAUGUUUAUACUGUGUAAACAAGGAUUAGAUAGGUUUACGGUGUUAACAGUGAGGUGGAAUGUGAAAUGAAAUAGUUAAAUCGAUGUGAACUGGAUUUAUUACUAAGCUUGCUUAUGUAUUUUAAUCGGUUAAACAUUUGAGUUUUCAUUCUUGCCAUAAUUGUUAAUACCCGGAAUGUAAGUGUUGCGAUAUUUAUCUGAAAAUAUUUAUUUCGUUAUAGUUUAGUGUAAAAUGACCUUUAAAUUGGUCUCGUGAAGUUAAUCACGUUGGCAUCGUCUAAGUUUGUCCAGCGACAUCAGGCAGUGGAUAUUAUAGCAGGAUUUCUCCUGACAUCUGAGAGAUGGGCGGCACCCUCUCAUGCGCGAGCGGUCAACGCAGCCCCGUGCACGAGGAUCACAUGCCGUAUGGAGCCCCUUUCGUGAAAGUGGAGCACGAAAGGGUUCAGCACGAGGACAACACCAAGGACUUGGUUAUAACAGAUCUUCCUACAACGACGCCGAACAACAAUAAUAACGUCAAAAGCACCAACAUUGGCAAAGAACAAGAGCCACACGAGAAAUCAUGGAAGUUCUGGAGAUCGCUGUCAACGCGGCGCUCCCGGAAGUCUCUUGUUCACAAUGGGACUGCAAAACCCAUCGAGGAUGGUGGCUUUGGUGUGCACGUUACCGUUAAUUUACCGGACGUCUUGGAUAACACUGACGUUUCUCCGAGCAAACUGGUCGACCCUCCACCGAAACCGCCCAGAGUGCUGCACACUGAUGCUGAUGAGUCAAUCACCGUGACGACGGCUCCGAUUUAUCAGAACGGAUUCCCGAGGCAGCUGAGUGGCGUUAACAUUUUGAGUUCCCCACAGACAGAAAUUGCGAAAGAAUAUGAAGGUGUUGACUCUUCUGGAAUUUGUAUCAGUGCACCGCCGGGUACGCCAUCGAGGUUACCGCCCAAAUCCUCUAUCGGUCCGCUGAUUGCUUCCUCAAAAACGAACUCGCUCCCGAACUAUGCUCUGCCGUCCUCAUUUCAGAGGCGCCAACAGUCAAUCACCGGCGGGAAAAUAAAAAUAGUGUCGCCAGAACUUUCUAGAAAGGUUGUCAUGAAACCCAGAAAGAAAUCCACUGAGAUUAGUGCUAAAGAUCGCCAUGUCCUCAUAUUACAGAGUUCCGUCGAACUUCUUGGACAAAAGGUGGAUCCGUUCAUGAUACUCGAAAAACUAGCAGAAGCUCAGUUACUUGAUCCAAAGGCACUGAAUAUCUACAGAAAUCCUUUGGACAGCCGGUACAUUAUUGAAAGCGUGGUGCAAACCGUGAUGGACUCGGAGUACCCGACGUUUUUACAGUUUUGUGAUAUCCUUAGGAGCGUUGCUGAUUUCACCACCGUCGCCGCUGUGUUAGACGCCAUGCGUGCAAUAUAUGACGUCAUAUAUGAGGUGCUAACUGGAGGCCCAGAGUCAUCGCCCAUAUUGGAUGAUGAAAAGUCGGUUUCGUUCGACGUUGUAUAUUACAGUCUGGACACCGGCAAAAUUCGAUCUGUGGUCGAGUUGGAGAAACUAAGAAACACAGAAAGCAAACGACAUUCUAGGGACCUUUUAUCCUUCAAGAGGAAUUCACGACUCUCUUUUCAGUCUCUCUCCAGUGAGGCGUCUAGUGUAUUUAGUGAAGACAUUAUCAUUAACGGGUUGCCCAUGGUAACCAUAUCUGUGUCGGGUCACGCGCUGUGUCUGUCGAAGGCCAUAGCACUUGCCGACGUCGUAAGAGAACAUGACAGUAUUUUGGAACUCCACAUCGGGAAAACGCACAUUCGUGGUACGGACAUGUCGCACAUAAGCGCCGCCCUUGUGGAGAAUUACUCCGUGCGGGUUUUAGAUCUGCGAUUAAACAAUAUCGGGAACGAAGGCGCGGCACAUCUUGCCAAAGCGUUAACGUCAAACAAGACGUUACGUCAAUUAAACCUGUCUUCUACGGGAAUCGACGCUGACGGCGUCAACUGUUUGGCGGACGCUUUACGUACAAAUGUAGGUCUGGAGGAUCUGGAUUUAAGUUUCCUCGACAUUGCCGACAGUGGGUGUGUGGCUUUAAGGGAUAUGUUGAAACAAAAUCGCUGUUUAAAGAAACUACGUCUGCGAAGUGCUAAUAUCGCUUGGAUGGGAUGUGGCCUUCUUCUGGAGGGUAUCGAAAUUGGGAAAGUGAUUUCAGAACUGGAUCUUAGUAGGAACUUUAUUGGCGAUGCCGGGGCCGACAUGUUACUUACUAACUUGAAGGACGACUCUUCCUUGAGGGACCUUAACCUUGAGAAUUGUGGUAUAACUGUCUCCGGAUGUUCGAUUUUGUCUGACGUCAUCUUAACGAACAAAUCCUUACGUCACUUGGAUCUAAGUGUGAAUUUCAUUGGGGACCAAGGAAUUGCGAAACUUUCCAACGCUCUGGUCAGAAACAAACAUAUCAAAACUCUCGGUUUGAAUAUGUGCGGCAUAUCGAACGACGGCUUCUCCAAGUUGUUGGAUAUUUUAGAAAGCAACACAACGCUCACGCUGUUGAAGCUCUGCUAUAAUCGCCUUGGAAAGGAACACGUCGACCCGGAAGCGACGUCAGACAACUUGAAGUACCGCAUUCGAAUCGUGACGUCAUCAAACCCGAAACUAAAACUUUUACUGUGGGGAAACACAUUUGAUGAACCACAUUCCUCUAGUAGAGUUACAGACAUAUCUAUGUGAUCAAUGUGUGUGUGUGUGUGUGUGUGUGUGUGUGUGUGUGUGUGUGUGUGUGUGUGUGUGUGUGUGUGUGUGUGUGACCCGAAAAGGCAACCGACAUUCUUUUUUAUACGGUCUAUUCCUCUAUGUCGAAACUAACAUGCCUUCUAAACAGGUUUUACAUUGUGGUCACUGUAAUGUGUCUGAUUUUUGUACUAUUGUCUUGUUAAAGUGAUUGCCAUUGGCUAUUUUAAGUUUUUUUUUUGGUAUCAGAUUGUGUGCGAUUGUAAAAUUUAAUUACAAUGUUCAGCAAUUGUAGAUAACAUUUUCGAUAAAGAGCAUUUCAGUUGGCACAAUUAUAUAAUAAAUUAAUAAUUAAAAAACAACGUCGUAAUUCUAAUAAUUAAAUAUUUAAAACAAUCGUGUUCAUGUCUACGUCAAAUUGAUUUAUUUCGAUAUGAUGAAAUUAACAGUAUCUUUCUUAAUUAUGCUGUUAUUGAUAUACGUUCAUGUUCUUACGGAUUGACAGCGAUGCAAUUGUAUAGGGAUUUCAAUUUUGUAUGCAUGUAUGUUAAAUAUCACACCUCUAUGCAAUUCUGUUUAAAGCUUGCCAUUUUAUGAUUAUUGUGGAUAUUAAAUCAUAAACGUGUACAACACAUGCAAGCAUGUAUACUAAUAAUGCUUACGUUGCCAUACAAUGCACAAAACUGUUGAAUUUCCAAAAGUUCAAACAUGAUCUAUAUGCAGUUCUCUCUCAAAUAUCAUGGACACUACUUUAUCGCUGUAUAUUUAAUGUCAAAAUAAUGAUUGUAUAGGGUUCUUUUGCCAAAACAUCCAAAUCACUAAAACUGCUCUGCGUCUCUGAUUUUUUUUUUUGUAUUUUAUUGUCAAUUUAAUAUUAUUUUAAUAUUUUUAACAAACUGUUUUGCUUCAUUGUUUUCUUAUAAUAUUUAUUAAACAUAUAAAUUAUU